AUGGUUGAAAGUGAACCUAAUAUGUUAAUGCAGGAUUGGGAGGAUGACUAUUUAAUUGAAACUGCAAUUGAAUCACCAAGAGUUUGGACCACGUUAAAUGACAAAAUUGAAAUACAAGAACUAAAAUCUGAUAGAUUUGAUGAAGUCCUUAAAAUGAUCGAGGAACAUUACAUCUAUGAUGAACCGUUAAUUCAAAGUAGUCAAAUGCAUACGGACAAUGGAUCUGUUGAAGAAUACUUGUACUUGGUUCAUACUUGGAUGAAAGACACACUUUCAACUGUGGCUGUGGAGCAGGACACUGGAAAUUUAGUUGGAUUUCUAGUAUGUCGGUUCAACGAAAUAAAUAACAGAGAUCCUGAAUUCAGUAAAGACAGGGUAUAUGAAGGAAUCGGCACGGAGUUGCUGAGAAACGUCAUGGAGAGACAACUACCUGAGUACGAAUGGUUCGACGUCCAAGUGAUCUCCGGCGUGUUCACCGACAAAGUUAGCCAACACAUUGCCUCGUCGUUGGGAAUGGUGACAUUGUACGAAUUCGUUUAUUCGGCAUGGACCCCCGUCAACAAGACGACUGGCGAACAAGUAGAGUUCUUUAAGGAAAUUGUGAGAGAAAAUUACUCGGCCAAAGUGAUGUCAGUGAAAAUCAGUGCGUCGUCGUCAUCGGUUCACAGCGGUCGCCAGUCGAACGUGAUCGACGAACACGAUAUUAUUUUGUAG